GUUGCUCAAGAGCACGUCUUCUGCUCUCCAAUCAUCUUCUUCCCACUACGCCCUGCAAUUCUGCAAACAAGAAUUUAAGCGUCAAAUUAAGGUUUUUGGUCUGCCCCUUCAAACCCAAGUUCACUCUCACUCGACUCCUUUUCAAUGGCGGCUACCUUUUAUCAGCCGUCAUCUUCACUAAAUCUGAGUAGACUGAAACCCUCCGUCUCCUCCUCUACAAAACAACCCAAUCCUCUGAUUCCUUUCUCCGCCAUUAAUAUCAGCCGAAGCAGCCCACUCUUUUCUGCGCUCACGUAUUCCUCCCUCACCGUUUCUGACCCAGAACCCGUUUACGCUUCCGUCAAGUCUUUUGCACCUGCCACCGUCGCUAAUCUUGGCCCCGGCUUCGACUUCCUCGGCUGCGCCGUCGAUGGAAUCGGCGAUUUCGUCACCGUCCGCGUUGAUCCAGACGUUCCUCCCGGACAAGUCUCCAUUUCCGAAAUCUCCGGAGAUGGGAAUAAGCUCAGCAAGGAUCCGCUCUCCAACUGUGCCGGUAUUGCCGCCAUUGCCGUUAUGAAGAUGCUUAAUAUCCGAUCUGUCGGGCUCUCCCUCUCCCUAAACAAGGGCUUGCCUUUGGGGAGUGGAUUAGGGUCCAGCGCCGCCAGCGCUGCCGCCGCCGCCGUCGCCGUCAAUGACCUAUUCGGCAGCCGAUUGUCCGUCUCCGACCUCGUCUUCGCCGGCCUAGAAUCGGAAUCUAAGGUCUCCGGCUACCACGCGGACAACGUGGCGCCUUCUAUCAUGGGAGGGUUUGUGCUCAUUCGGAGCUACGAUCCAUUGGAGCUGAUCCAAUUGAAAUUCCCACAAGAAAAAAACCUCCUCUUUGUGAUGGUGAACCCAGAAUUCGAAGCUCCCACGAAGAAGAUGAGGGCGGCGCUGCCGGCGGAAAUACCGAUGUCCAGCCAUGUGUGGAACUGCAGUCAGGCCGGAGCUCUGGUGGCGUCUGUUCUGCAAGGAGACUUGCCGGGGCUGGGAAAGGCUCUGUCGUCGGAUAAGAUAGUGGAGCCGAGAAGAGCUCCAUUGAUUCCUGGGAUGGAGGCAGUGAAGAAGGCGGCUAUUGAGGCAGGAGCUUUCGGGUGCACCAUUAGCGGCGCCGGACCCACUGCAGUGGCAGUUACGGAUGAUGAAGAAAGAGGAAUGGAGAUUGGGAAAAGAAUGGUGGAAGCCUUCUUCCAGGAAGGGCAUCUCAAGGCUUUGGCUAUGGUGAAGAGGCUUGAUAGGGUUGGUGCUAGGGUUGUCAGCAGUGAACCCAGAUUAUGAUUAUGAUUAUGCAAUGCAAAAUUUCAUUUUAUUUCAAGAAUGUAGUUUUUCCAUCCAAUUUCAAACUCGGAGAUCCCCACAGUAAUAAGAAAGAGUAACUUUUAAUUCAAAAUAAACUUAUAUCAUCAAUUUCAUAUUGU